AUGGACGAGCCCCCAGCCUUAGGCCAAAAAGAGCCUCACACAGCCUCCUACCUACAGAACUGUGUAGUAUUUGAUCAAGUCCUCACUGCAUCCAAAUCCUUCGCGGGGCCUACCAAGCUUACGUCCAGGCUCAUAGUUAUGAUAUCUCGGGAUGUGAACCCAGUUUUCCUGUUCGAGAUCAGCUUCCCUCUUGGCGAGGGUCAACCCGAUAACGAAAAUUUCGGUUUUGGUGUAAAGCACAAGCAGGUCCGUUUUCCUCGUGAGAAGACACAAGCCAAGUGCGAAGUCGCCCCGGCAUCUAUCGUUGACCGCCGCUUCCGGGUCAAGGACAAGGAUAAGGUGUGCAUACUCACAGUCUCUGUGACAGCACCAGUCACAACUGUCGGUUACGGUAGUCCUUUCCGUAGCGCCGAUACGGAGGUCAAUAGUUGGGUCAAUGACAACGAGCCCAUCGGCCAAGGAGGCAAUCUGCAUACCUUCCUGCAACAGCAAUCAUUCACCUUCCUGGUGGCUAAAGGGGCCGUCGACUUCGAGAAGAGGCUGGAUCUGGACAGACUUCCUCCACCCUUCCGUUAUCCCUACGGUGAUGACCAGACUUGA